GCGUGUCUGGCAUGCGACCGUGUUUACCAAGGUAUUUCUUAGGCAAAUCAACCUGCCGUAGGUACACAAUGUAAUAACUGAUUAAGCCACCCCGGUGGCUGGGAAAACCAGGGCUUUGUCCUAUUGUCUUAUUUGUCUCAAGUGGCCUGCUGUAGCCUGAGACAAUACAGAGCAAUACGAAUCAUUAAUCAUCUGCUGAGGUAGGCUGGGUAUUUAAAUCCCGCAUACGACAGCGUGCAAACCAUUCGAUCGAUACAGACUUUAGUAGCAUGUAUUCGAUUGGUCUUUGUCUGCCAUAUUUUUCGUUUUUGUAGAUAUAUAUUCGAGUGCGAAUUGUAUUGCACACGAAUCAGAAUACAAACUGGAAGAUUUCUAGCAGUGAAAGUAUGAUUUUGAACCGACGAUCUCCAGAAAUAGGCUGUAAGAAUUUAGCUGAUUUUCUGAUCAUUGCAAGAACAACGACAGAAUCUCUUUAAAAAUGGCGGACCAAAACAUCUGGUGAAAUGAAAGAGAGAAAAAAGACGAUAAGAGGAAGAAAAGGAGGUGGAGGGAGACGUGACGACAGGCAGCAAAAGUUGACGAUAAGGGUGAGCGGCAUUUUGUGCCGUAAAAUUGUUUUCCCAGAGAGCUUGACAGUUACGUGUUUUAACAUUGUAUGAUGCAUAAAAAAUUUCUGAUUUAUAAAUUGACAAUAUAUGUAACAUUCCCUUCAAGGAGCGGCAAGAAAGAAAAGACAGUUUUGGUUGUUGCUAACGGUUCUAUUGCACCAGAAAAUAACCAAAAAUCUGAUUUUACCUAUGUAGAGACUUUUUUUAGCUAUAGUUCACGAUAAACGAUUCUUAUGUUUUCCGUGCGUUUUUGCGGGAAAAGUCGCCGUUCUCGGUGCAAAAAAAUGGCGGCUCAAAAACAUCCAUUGCAAUACGGGUCAGAAGACCAUUGGACCUGGAACAAAUACGAUAAAUCCCACGAAGUGAAACUGUACGGAAUGCGCAAUAUGACAGCUCAUUUUCAUCCUAACUGGAGCAAUGGCACCGCUGGAGUGCGUGGGACUCGUAUCCUAAAUUAUGGAUCUUACUAUUGGGAGAUUAAAAUUUCCCAGAGAAUAUUUGGUACUAGCAUGAUGUUCGGCAUUGGUACAAAGCGGACUCGUUUACACGUCGAUGCAUUUGUUAACAUGUUGGGCGAGGAUGACCAAAGUUGGGGGCUCUCUCACAAAGGACUUCUGUGGCACAACGGCAAAUGGAGACAAUAUACAAAACCAUUCCGAGAAAAUGAAGCAACGACAAUAGGACUUCUUUUUGAUUGGAAAUCCGGGACGUUAACAUAUCUGAAAGACGGUCUUAAUUUAGGAGUGGCUUUCACGGGCAUCAAUAAAGUUGAAGAAGACCUGUACCCUGUUAUUUGCUCAACUGCUGCGAAGACUGAGAUGACGUUAGGUGUAACCCGUCGAGCAUUUGUAGACCUACAGGACAGGUGUCGUGAAGUCAUAGUACAUCAGAUACAAGAUGAAAAUGAAGUGGACAACUUGCCUUUACCAAACAAGAUUAAGUGCUAUAUCAAAGAAGCGUUGCCAUGAAUGUUUAGUCUAGUCUUCUCCGAUCCUUGGUGCUUUACCAUUACCUUUUUAAAUAGUAAAGUGUAAUGAUUAAUUUCAUCUUAAUUUUUUGCAUAUUGAUAACAUAUUUUGUGCAUGCUGGAAAAAUCUCUCACAAUGCGAGCAAAACUGUUUUAGUCAAUAAGCUUUGUACAAAAUGGCGUCUAUAUUAAUUAUAUUCUAUUGAUUUAUUUCACCUGGAACAAAGAAGCCUAUAUAUACAUAUUGCGUUUACACAAGCAGAAGAAGAUAUCGUAGAAAGAAAUCUAUCGAUAAGUACCGAGCAGCUGGUGAUCUGCAUCAAUCUUUUGUACUCCCGCUUUUCCCUGAUAAGCUAAUGCUAUUAGCUAUACAUUAUUGCCACUAACUUAAUAAUGCCGGCUCAAGCUGAAAUGUAAGCUUUUUUAAUUAAUGUUCUGAAAAUGUCCCGUGUAUAAAAAUCUCAUCUUUUUUAUGUGAUUUAACAUAAUAUUAGUAGAUUUAUAUACCUAUGGUUAAUCUAUUACUUGGUUACAAGCAUUUGCAUAUACCUGUAUAGUCCCAUCAUUUUGUCCCAGAAAACAGAAUCAGUGACGAGGCAUUUGAAGAGACAAGAAAAAGCUUAUUCUUAGCUUCUAUUACCCAUUAGUUUAUAACAAUACUUUACCUAGAAUAUGCAGCCAGGUCGUGAUAUUAAUAUAAUGCAAAUGUGUGGAAGCUUUUAUUCUAGAAAUAUGUGUUUUUAUGAAUUCGUUCUUACAAUAGACUUUAUCUUCUUUAGUCGUUCGGAUGAGUAGUUCUGGUCAAUUGAGUUUUAGCAAACUAGCGCGUGUGGUAGAUAUUUAAUGAAUCGUACACGGUACCACUUAAUGACCUCCUAAGAAUUUCUCUGAAUUGCCUGUUCUACGGGAGAGUCACAUGACAACCAUCCAAUACUUCUAGUUAACCAGCUAAGUUAUGAAAAAUCAAAAGAAAAACAUUUUAGUGCCUUAAUUGAUUGGUUUUGAUCUGUAUUUUGAGGUAGUUAUUUUAGUGAUGCAUAAAAACAUGUUCGUUUUACAUUGUGCUAGACUACAGUAUAGUGAUUGCCAGGUGUUUCACUCAAUUUUCUACACUAAAUUGUAUAUUGUUUUGCUUGUACAAAUGGCGAGUGUCGAACAAAUGGAGGAACAGAGUCUCAAAAUGUACAUAAAACGAGUAGUGUUUGUCGUGAUGUCAUUAGAAUAUUAAAUGUACAAAAACACAAGGCCGACAAAAGUGCAAUAUUUGUCAUUAGUAAACCUAGAACAUUGAAGAACGUGAGAGUGCGUUCGCAUUAUAACCGAGAAAAGUGCAAUAUAUUGUAUAUUUAAUUGAUAAUUCGUUUUUCCUAACAGCUGGGACACAAGUGCAAUAUUAAUAUAGCUGUAGUAUUGAUUCCACUAUUUAUUGUUGUUUGUAACGUGCUUAUCAAAUUUUAAUGGAGACGUUCAUAAAUUUGAAAUAACUCCGUGUUUAUAUAUGUCUCAGAAAAUGUGUGAGUGUUUAUAUAUUAACCAUUUCGAAUUAAUUUCUAAUUAACCUUUUAGCUGUUAUGUUAAACACGUACUAUAAAAGGCAAGUGCUGUUUGUGAUGACAGAUAAUCUUGGUAGUAAUACCAAUAUGGAUUGCAUCGUCUGAGUAAUUAUGAUAACUCCAUACAGUUGCAACAGGGAAAAGCAGUGGAAACGGAGCCUAUAGCAGGUGUUGAAGAGAUAAAUUAUUAAAUUCGUUAUAAUAUCUCUGUUAAGAUAACUACGGUUUUGCAACUGAUCUAGUACUGAUCUAGUUCGCCACGAACAAUAUUAAUGACUCACAGUCACCAUGAUUUUAGUCAUGUUAUAAAGAGUUGUUGUGAAAUGUUGGCUAACCAGCAUGUGGGCUUCCUUUACACAGUGAAGGCUACGUCUAGAAAGCAUAUAAAUGAUAAUAAAUUUGUCACAAA